CACACAAUUCGAAAUUUUGCUCUUUUUUAGUUUAAUUAUUAAAUUAUUAAUUUUUGUAUUGUAAUUUAGAAGAAAAACUUGUCCAAAUCAUAUUUUGUACAAGGAAGCAUUUCUCUACAAGAAUGAGAACCACAAAUGUGUGAAGUGGUGAACCACAUCUGAUCUUCUCCAUUAAUCCAUUCAGGCUUGUUUGACUACUCUUUCAUUCCAAAACCAUGGAAACUUUCUCUUCCCUCUCUUCUAUUCCUCCUAUCAUUGGAAGUUCCACUAAUUCCUUAAGCAAUAAUAAUGAAACAUGCCUUAUGAGAUCAACAGUAAAACCAUCCCUUAAUCUUAAUUAUCCCAUCAUAAUCAACCCAAACAAGUUCAAAUCUGUAAAGUUUAGAAAGUUAAAGAUGAGGGUGGAAGCGGUUGAUGAAGUAUCAACAGUAAUCUUAGAACCAGCUCAAGUCCAAGUUACCUGGCAAAUCAUUGUUGGUACUCUAGCUGGUGUAAUACCUUUCGUCGUUGCAGGAAUUGAGUUUAGCAAAAGAAUCAUUGCGCAAAGAAAGUGCAAGGUUUGUGGAGGUUCAGGAUUAGUUUUAAGAGACAAAAAAUAUUACUUUAGGUGUCCUCGUUGUGGUGGUUUUCUACCAUGGCAAUCGUGGCGAAGAUUUUUUUCAGGAUAAUUUAUAUAUCAUAUGUUACGAUUCACAUUUUAAUUACGUAAUGGAUCUAUUAUAUAUUUGGAUUAUUAUUAAAAAUAAAAUAGUUAACAUAAUUAAUUAAGUUAUGGAAUGUAUAAUGUAUAAAAUUAGCUAUUCGCUAUUUGUCACACACCCCUCUAUCUUAUCCAUACGGGAUGCCAACAAAGUUCUUAUAAUUGAGAUUCUAUCUAAAAUCAUUCAAGCUUGUAAAAUCGAAUUGUAGAAUCAUAAGAUUCUAUAAUAACAUAAAUUUGCUAUCUAGUCAUAA